GACGCCGCGCGUACGUGACGUAUGUGAAAAUACGUGAAGCUCGUUCUCUGUUCGUCUGCUGGACGGUAAUGGCGGCGUGCCGGGGAUCAUCGUCCAAAUGGUUUUUUACCCGGGAACAGCUCGAAACCCCCCCGUCUCGCCGCUGCGGAGUGGAGCCAGACAGAGAGCUGUCGUAUCGACAGCAAGCCGCGAAUCUUAUUCAGGACAUGGGCCAGAGACUAAAUGUUUCUCAACUCACAAUAAAUACUGCCAUUGUUUACUUGCACAGAUUUUAUAUGUACCACUCUUUCACCAAAUUCCACAGAAAUACCAUCUCCCCAACGACAUUAUUUCUGGCUGCAAAAGUUGAAGAGCAACCACGGAAACUCGAACAUGUCAUUAAAGUUGCGCAUGCGUGUUUAAACCCCCAGGAGCCUCCACUGGAUACAAAGAGUAAUGCAUACCUCCAGCAAGCUCAAGAGCUGGUGAUACUUGAAACCAUAGUGCUGCAGACUUUAGGCUUUGAAAUAACAAUUGAACAUCCACACACUGAUGUAGUGAAAUGUUCCCAGCUAGUGCGAGCAAGCAAGGAUCUGGCACAGACUUCCUAUUUCAUGGCUACCAACAGUCUGCACCUCACCACCUUCUGCUUGCAGUACAAGCCCACAGUCAUUGCCUGCGUCUGCAUUCACCUGGCCUGCAAGUGGUCCAACUGGGAGAUCCCUGUUUCCACCGAUGGAAAGCACUGGUGGGAGUAUGUGGACAGCUCAGUUACACUUGAACUUCUUGAUGAACUGACCCAUGAGUUUCUGCAAAUAUUAGAGAAGACACCCAGCAGGUUGAAGAGGAUUCGUAACUGGAGGGCUACACAAGCUGCUAAGAAGCCCAAAUCAGAUGGUCAGGCCUCAGACAGCAGCUCUUUAGCGGGACCUUCAUUAACCCAGGACAUGUCCUUGAUGGAUGCCCUUCCCGGGGUUUCUACAAAUACAGCAUUCUCCAAAGCCUCAACAUCUUUCCCAGUGACCCUGCCAAGCAACUCAAGCAGCAGUCUUUCUCUUGAUUCCAUUGCCAACAUGCAGGGAACCUCAUACACUUACACCGCCCCCAGUGACUGGCCUCAGGACCAGGUGCACUCAGACCAGUAUUCUGUCAAACAGCUUCCCCCACACAGUUCUAUGCAUCCACACCGGCCUGACAAAAGCGCAGAGUAUAACCCUGCCAAACAUGAACACAAGGCCAGCGGUGGGGCAAAGCACCAGGCCACGGCCUGUCCUCCACCUGCAGCACCCACACAAAAAAUGUCUCUGGACAAGUACAGGGAGAAACACGCUGCUGAGCUGGCUGUGCAGAAACGCAGGCAAGAGCAGCAGAACGUGGAGACGGAGGUCUGUGGUGCUCAGACAGAUCACCACAAGCACCUGCCCCAACUGUCUCACGUGCAGCAGGGAGCAGGAGCCACCACUGCCUCACCUCUGAAGAUGAAGCUGCCCAUACCUGGGCAGGACAAACGCGAGAAAGGGAGCUCUUUAAAACUGCGUCUUCCAGUCCCCUCCCAGAGCGAGAAGGGGGGAUCAAGUAAGGAGGAGCUAAAAAUGAAAAUAAAGGUCUCCUCUGAGCGGCACAGCUCCUCAGACGAGGCUGCUGCAAAGAGCAAACAUUCCAGCCCGCUUGUGAGCAAGGAGAAACACAGAGACCAUUCAGCCCAUCGUCACCAUAACAAACACGGCCACUCACACACGCACACGCAUAGCGGCAAUGGCAGGAGCAGCCUUGAGGCACCCGCAUCUGGUUCGGUCCUUCGGAGCCCAGUAGGUUCCGGUGGCGAUGGCACAAGCUCAGCUUCCAGUUCCUCACGCAAGAGGGUGAACCCCGAAGCCAGCCACAAUCACCACUCCAAAAAGAACAAAAGCUCCAAAGGCGGUGCAGGUAGUUCCUCUCAUUGUUCCUCUGUUCAGCAGUGUGUGUCAUCUCACAGCUCUGUUCUUAACCUUCUUCCCCCUCCCCCUGUCACAUACCAGGUGGGCUACGGACAUCUCAGCACCCUAGUGAAACUGGACAGGAAACCAGUGGAGAGCCAUGGCCCUGAGGGUGCCGGCCUAGCUAAUGGCCAACACACAGACUACAAAAAUACUUUUGACACGCUUGAGUCGCUGUUAAGUGCCCAAGGAAUGGACUCUUGAACUGAUAGGAAAGAGGAUAAAAUAUAAAAUUUAAUCGAGCAUAGAUUUCAUUAUUAGGAAGAGGAAAAAAACAGGAAUGUGAAGAGUAAGAGAAAGAAAAUAAAAAUGCUUCCCGAUCUUCUGGCAGUUCGGUUCAGUCUCUGUAUAACUGCUGCUUUCCUCAGUAUUCCCUCACGAGCAGUCUAUAUGAAUGCGUGAGCCAGUAUAUGAAUGUCAGGGCCAUUAUAGUAAAAAAAA